GUGGCUAUGUUCAACUUUCAAGGUUGCGCUCUUCUUAAUAGGCUUUCUUAAAUAAUUGCAAUAGAUUCUUAAGGGGCCGGGAGGAAAGGGUUGCAAGAGUGGUGAGAUGGUGUCGCAGCCAGCUGAGAAUUUCUGGUUGGGGACACGGCACCAGUGACCCCUUAGGGUUGAGUUUCCACCUGAGAGACCAUUGUUCAGAGGAUGUGGGAAGUGAGGAAAGGAACCCAGUGUCCUCACACUUGUUUGGGCAAUUGGAUGAAACACAAGAGAGUGGACGAGGACAUGGCCCUGAGCGGGUAGCGAGGUCAGGGGAGUUUAUUGCAGAGGGAGCACUGGUGUUGCCCUGUGUGCAGACUGAAGUGCGUGCCCAGUGGGUGGAAGACAAGGGAGAGAGUCAUUCUGCAAUGAUUAACUUAAGGAGGGCAUUCUGUCUUCCAAUCACACUCCAUUUCCUCAAUGGUUGGGUGAUAAGAUUCACUGAAGAAAUGAGGUAGAGGGCACAGCUUGGGUGCAGAGUCAGCCGUGUUGGGAUCCUGUGGAGAUGGCGACAGGAUUCCAGUUUUCCCUGUGGGUUCUCCUGGGGCUGCUGCUUUUCCUGGGCAUCAGGCCCGGGGCCGAGGGCGGGAAGGUGCUGGUGGUGCCCAUGGAAGGCAGCCACUGGCUCAGCAUGCGGAAGGUCGUGCAGGAGCUCAGCGCCAGAGGCCACCAGGCUGUCGUCCUUGCUCCAGAAGUGAGCAUGCACAUGAAAGAAGCUGACUUUUUCACCCUGAGAACCUAUGCCACUCCAUACACCCAAGAAGAAUAUGAUCAGCUCAUGAUGGACUAUUUUCAGAUGGCUUUUGAAGAAAUGCAUUUUCUGAAGAUAUAUUUUAGAAGUAUAGCAAUGCUGAAAAAAGGGUCUAUGCUCUUUGAAAAGUCUUGUGCAGAGCUACUGCAUAGCAAGGAGCUGAUCAGGUCCCUGAAUGCCAGCUCAUUUGAUGUGGUUCUAACGGACCCUGUUUAUCCUUGUGGGUCCUUGCUGGCUGAGUACCUGUCUGUUCCUGCUGUGUAUUUUUUGCGUUUCAUUCCAUGUGCCUGGGAUUUUGAGGGCACACAGUGUCCAAACCCUUCCUCGUAUGUUCCUAGGAUGUUAACCAGGAAUUCAGACCACAUGACUUUCCUGCAGCGGGUCAAGAACAUGCUCUACCCUCUGUCCAUGAAAUACAUUUGCGAUGUUUCUUUCUCUCCCUACCCAAGACUUGCCUCUGAGAUCCUGCGGAGAGAGAUGUCCCUGUUGGACGUUUUCAGCUACGCCUCCGUGUGGCUGUUCCGAGGAGACUUUGUGAUGGACUAUCCCAGGCCCAUCAUGCCCAACAUGGUCUUCAUUGGGGGCAUAAACUGUGCCCACAGGAAGCCUCUGUCUCAGGUCUGUAUGGGUGCCAUUACCUAAUCAGGGUUCCAGGUGGAGCUUGUUUUUUUAUGAACUUUCUUUCAAGUGC